GAAUUAAUGCGGUCACACUCAGCCCGCCAAAAGUGAUUUGUGUCCGCGGAUUUAGGAAAACUCGUUGGAAAAACUUAUUAAAACGCGUGAAAAACCCAAAGCAAAGUCGAUUCGAUGAGUCCUACAAAUGCGUCGCAGCCAGAUCUCAGCAUAGACGAAGAAGACGAGAUUCUGGCCCUGGAGAAACUGCUGGGCGCAGCGGAAGACGAAAAUGCAAGCGCAGCGAACACGGAAACCCCGAAAAUACCCACUUUGGCCAACGCAGUACCCAAACUGCGGGAAGACAGCAGCUUCGCGGAUGCCUUUAGUUAUGAGAAAACAGUUCAACCCGCGAAGAAACCCAUUAAGGAUGAUAAAGUACGCACAAAGGAGCCGGAGCUGGACUCGUCCGAUGACGAGGAAGUCAAGAACUUCCUGGAGCGCAAGUACAAUGAGUACGGAAGUGACAUCAACCAGAGCCUUAAGCAGAAGCGGGAAAACGCCCACGAGUCCCGGGUGGCCAGGGAGGUGGAUCAGGCCUUGAAGGCGAGUAGCUCCAAGCUUGUUACCUCCACACCACAGCCGCCGCUGAAGAAUCCCCACAAUCCCAUAAAGCGCCAGUCCGUGGUGAGCAGCUCGUUUCAGAGGCCACCCACAGCUGCUGCUGCCGUGGCUUCCUCAUCCCAGCCAAGUGCUCCCGCUUCCGCUGUUUACACGGAUCCGGUUUUCGGCUUGCGCAUGAUUAAUCCCUUGAUCUCGAGCUCUCUGCUCCAGGAGCGCAUGGCUGGCAGGAAAUCGGUGCCCUUUGCUGGUGUGGCCUUUCACAUUGAACGCGGUGACUUGGCAAAAGAUUGGGUCAUUGCGGGAGCUCUCGUCUCCAAGAGUCCCGUGAAAAACACCAAGAAGGGCGAUGCCUUCUCAACAUGGAAACUGUCCGAUCUGCGCGGCGAAAUCAAGACCAUAUCGAUAUUCCUCUUUAGGGAGGCUCACAAAUCGCUGUGGAAGACGGCGGAGGGCAUGUGCUUGGCAGUAUUGAAUCCCUCGGUUUUUGAGCGGAAAGCCGGUAGCUCCGAUGUGGCUUGCCUCUCCAUAGACACCUCCCAGAAAGUGAUGAUCCUGGGACAGAGCAAAGAUCUGGGCACCUGUCGGGCCACAAAAAAGAACGGAGAUAAGUGCACAUCGGUGGUCAAUGCCACAGACUGCGACUUUUGUGUGUUCCAUGUCAAGCAGGAGUACGGCAAGAUGUCCCGCCGCUCCGAGCUGCAGUCAGCCACGGCUGGACGUGGCCUCAAUGAGCUUAGGAAUAAAGUGUUGGGUAAAAAUGAAGUCUUCUAUGGCGGCCAAGCCUUCACCGCUGUGCCGGCCAAGAAAAGCGCCAAGCUGAUCAACAAGGAACGCGAUCGUUUGAGCAAACUGGCUGGCUACGAUGUCUCGCCGUUUGCCCAUGCGGUUGAUCAUGCCUCAAAGCCAAAGACAGCAGAGAUGCAACAAGUUCCAUAUGCCGAGCGAACUGGACCCAUUUCCCGCUUGGCCGGAGGUGUGGAGGCUUCCAGUAAGCAGCGCUACCAAGAUCUAGAGCGUUUGCGUUUGCUAAAAGCGGAGAAUGAGCGUUUUGAAAAGGAAAAGGCGGCCAAGGGUCAGGUUCUAGGUGGAGGACCCAGUACGAGUGGAUCUCCCAACCGGACUACGCCCAGCAGAGCCGCGCCCAGCACCCCCACCACUCCCAUUACUCCCGUGCCGGAUAAGUUCAAGAAUCGCGGUUUCUCCUUCGACGCCAGCCUGACGCCCAAGCUCUCCGGCAGCGAAAACUUUUCCUUCGAGAUCAAUGUGGGCCCCAGGCAGGCGGCGAGUGCCAAAAUAAAGGCAGCAGCGCUGCUAAAAAAAAAGCCACUCGAGAAAGUCAAUCCCAACUCUACAAGGGGCACGGAAUCGGGCAAAAGACGGGCCAUCGAUGAGCUCAAUGAGAAGUUCUCCAGCAGCGCCAAACGCCAGAGGAUCGAGGAGGAGGAUCGCGAACUAAUGCGUAAGUCUCGCAUCGAAAAGAUUAUGGCAGCCACCUCAACGCACACGAAUCUUGUGGAGAUGCGAGAGCGCGAGGCGCAGGAGGAGUACUUCAACAAGCUGGAACGCAAGGAGGCCAUGGAGGAGAAGAUGCUGAGCACCUACAAGAUGCCCUGCAAGGCUGUCAUCUGUCAGGUGUGCAAAUACACCGCCUUCUCGGCCGCCGAUCGUUGCAAGGAGGAGAAACAUCCCCUAAAGGUGGUCGAUGCCGAGAAGCGUUUCUUCCAGUGCAAAGAUUGUGGCAAUCGUACGGCAACAGUAUUUAAACUACCCAAACAGAGCUGCAAGAACUGCAAGGGUUCCAAAUGGGAACGGGCGGCCAUGAUACGCGAAAAGAAAGUGCUUACCGGUCGCGAGUCAUUGUCCGUGCGCGGUGACGAAGAGUGCUUCCUGGGCAGCGUUGCCAGCAGUGCCAAUCUUAAUCUUUUGGUUCCCGACGAGGAAUAAUCUAGGCAAGACUUUGACUAUUACUUUUUAAUAUUUAUGUGUAUUUUAUGUAUUUUAAAGUUUAUUAGCAAAUAUUUACAGUCUGUUUUUGAUGGCUAUUUGGCAUAAAUAAUUAAGUACAAGGCUUUCUUUAUCUAAAUAUAAGUUUUGUGCCUAUGAGAGAUUGUUGGUGCGGGCUAUAAAUAUAUAAGAGAUGUACCAGGUGUACGCCUUAAUGAUUGUGAAGGUCCUUUUAAUAAAUUUGAUACCUUAGACUUGUGGCUGAAUGCCGAAAUCAAUGACUUUCUGGAAUGAACUCUGGGAAUGCUUAAUGAAUUUUUAAAAAUU